UAUAUAUCAAACAACUCAAAUGAACUAUACAAGUCAUAGAAACACAUGUACUGCAUGGAUAAUUUUUUAUGAAAUAAACCAUGCCUAGAUCUCGUGGUUGAAUUGAGUGCAAAAUUAACAUACGUCACAGAUCCGACAACAGUUUCUCGAACCUAUUUGCCAGCUGUUGCAGUAGCAUGACAAAACAACAAUAUCAGAAGAUUUAUAUUGCUUAAAUUCUACUGGUAGCAUGAGCAACGACUUCAGGGUCAAUGGUAGAGAAAACUAAGUGUGCCCCCAAGCUCCCCCCCACCAGUAUUCCCCAUUUGCAUCGCUAGGAGAGAGAGACAGUAGGCAAACCAAAGAGGGAAAAAACUAUGCCGAUUGGAGAAGCUGUGCUGUCUGCCUUCAUGCAGGUACUUUUUGAUAAAGUGAUCUCAGCUGCUAUUGGUGAGCUGAAAUUCCCUCCAGACGUCACAGAGGAGCUGCAGAAAUUAUCGAGCAGCCUGUCGACAAUUAAAGUUCAUGUUGAAGAUGCCGAGGAGCGGCAACUGAAGGAUAAGGCCGCACGCAGCUGGCUUGCCAAGCUCAAGGAAGUCGCAUAUGAGAUGGAUGACUUGCUUGAUGAAUAUGCAGCUGAGGCCCUCCAGUCCAAACUAGAAGGUCCGUCCAACCAUGGCCAGCUGAAGAAGGUUAGGAGCUGUUUCUGCUGCUUUUGGUUGGACAAUUGUUUAUUUAACCAUAAGAUAGUGCAGCAAAUAAGGAAGAUCGAGGAGAAGCUUGAUAGGCUUGUCAAAGAAAGGCAGAUUUUUGGUUCAAUCAUGAUCAGUGGGACUGAAAGGCAGGAGAUAAAAGAAAGGCCCAAGACAAGUUCACUGAUUGAUGACUCCAGUGUGUUUGGAAGAGAAGAAGAUAAAGAGACCAUCGUGAAGAUGUUGCUAACCCCUAAUAACUCAAAUCAUGCCAGCCUUUCCAUUCUUCCCAUAGUGGGUAUGGGAGGACUAGGAAAGACCACUCUAACACAGCUUGUCUACAAUGAUGCAAGAGUAAAGGAGCAUUUCCAUUUAAGGUUGUGGUUGUGUGUUUCUGAGAAUUUUGAUGAGAUGAAGCUUACAAAGGAAACCAUUGAAUCAGUUGCGAGUGGGUUCUCAUCGGCCACAACGAACAUGAACUUGCUUCAAGAAGACCUCUCAAAAAAGCUUCAAGGUAAAAGGUUUCUUCUAGUCCUUGAUGAUGUGUGGAAUGAGGAUCCUUUAAAAUGGGACAGGUAUCGCUGUGCUCUACUUACUGGGGAAAAGGGAAGCAGGAUUGUAGUUACAACACGAAACAACCAUGUGGGGAAACUAAUGGGCGGGAUGACUCCUUAUCAUCUAAAGCAGUUAUCAGACAAUGAUUGCUGGCAGUUGUUCAAGAACCAUGCAUUUGUUGACGGUGACGCCAGUGCACACCCAGAAUUGGAAAUAAUAGGCAAGGGCAUUGUGAAGAAGUUGAAAGGCCUGCCACUAGCUGCAAAAGCAAUAGGCAGUUUAUUAUGUACCAAGGACACAGAGGGUGAUUGGAAAAACAUAUUAAAGAGUGAAAUAUGGGAGCUACCAUCAGAUAAGAACAAUAUACUGCCAGCUCUCAGAUUGAGUUACAGUCAUUUGCCUGCCAUACUGAAGCAAUGUUUUGCAUUUUGUUCAGUCUUCCCCAAAGAUUAUAUGUUUGAGAAAGGGAGAUUGGUUCAGAUCUGGAUGGCCCUUGGGUUCAUUCAGCCUCAAGGAAGUAGAAGGAUGGAAGAUAUUGGGAGUAGCUAUUUUGAUGAAUUAGUAAACAGGUCCUUCUUCCAACACCACAAAGAUGGAUAUGUGAUGCAUGAUGCCAUGCAUGACCUAGCCCAGUCUGUCUCUGUUGACGAAUGCAUAAGGCUGGAUGACCCACCAAGAAGCCCUGUAAGAAGUUCUAGGCAUCUAUCAUUCUCUUGUCACAAUAGAAGUUGUACUUCAUUUGAAGCUUUUCCUGAAUUUAAAAGAGCUCGCACACUGCUACUGCUAAAUGGAUAUAAAUCAAUGACGAGUUCUAUCCCCAAAGAUCUGUUCUGCAAGCUAAAAUACCUCCACGUGCUUGAAUUGCACCGACGAGACAUUACUGAGCUGCCAGAAUCUAUUGGAAAUUUAAAAAUGCUUCGAUAUUUGAACCUUUCAGGAACUGGCAUAACAAGGCUGCCCUCAUCCAUUGGUAGACUCUUCAGCUUGCAAACACUAAAGUUGCAACCCUGCCAUGUAUUAGAUUACCUUCCAGAGAGCAUAACCAAUCUUGUAAAUCUGCGAUGCCUAGAAGCAAGACCAGAAGUGAUCGCUGGCAUAGCUGGAAUAGGGAACUUGACUUGCCUUCAACAUUUGGAAGAAUUUGUUGUCCGUAAGGACAAAGGAUACAAGAUCAGUGAAUUGAAGGAGAUGCAGGGGAUCACAGGAAAUGUAUGCAUUAAGAAUCUCGAGAAUGUGUCUAGUGCGGAAGAGGCAAAUGAAGCUUUACUAAGCAAGAAGACAUACAUCAACACUCUGCAUCUUGUAUGGUCCAAUACGAGGCGCCUGACUUCAAAGAAAGCAGAUAAAGAUAUGCAGGUACUUGAAUACCUCCAACCACAUCAUGAACUCAGUGAGCUGACAGUCAAGGCCUUUGCAGGCUUCUACUUUCCAAGUUGGUUAAGUAGACUCACUCACUUGCAAAAUAUCCACCUGUCUGACUGUACAAAUUGUUCAGUUCUACCAGCGCUUGGAGUGCUGCCCCUACUCAAAUUCUUAGUUAUUGGGGGCUUCCAUGGCAUUAUUCAGAUCAAUCAAGAGUUUUCAGGAACUAGUGGAGUUAAAGGGUUUCCAUCACUGAAGGAACUCGUAUUUGAAGAUAUGUCUAAUCUAGAAACAUGGGCUUCUGUACAAGACGGUCAGUUGCUUCCAUCGCUCACAGAACUAGCAGUGAUUGACUGCCCACUACUAGCGGAACUCCCAUCUUUCCCAUCAUCAGUAGUGAAGCUCAAAAUUUCUGAAACAGGAUUCACUAUUCUUCCAGAAAUACACACUCCAAGCUCUCAGUUUCCAUCAUCUUUGGCAUGCCUACAGAUUCACCAGUGCCCAAACCUUACAUCCUUAGAGCAUGGACUCCUUUGCCAGAAAUUAUUGAUGCUCCAGCAAUUAACCAUCACCAGCUGCCCAGAAUUAACUGACCUGCCAGUUGAAGGAUUCAGAGGCCUGACUGCUCUUAAGAGUAUUCAUAUUUAUGAUUGUCCAAAGCUGGAACUAUCACGACAGCAUAGCUUGCUGCCCUCCAUCCUUGAAGAUCUACGCAUCAGUUCAUGCACCAAUCUGAUUAAUCCUCUUCUUCAAGAGAUUGAUGAGAUCUCCUCAUUGACAAAUCUUGCCAUCACUGAUUGUGCCAGCCUUCACUAUUUUCCAGUAAAGCUCCCUGCCACUCUGCAAAAGUUGGAGAUAUUCCACUGCAGUAAUCUGAGAUGCUUGCCUCCUGGGCUAGAAGAAGCGUUGUGUUUAACAGCUAUGACCAUUGUGAAAUGUCCUCUUAUACCAUGCUUGCCAGAACAGGCCCUCCCACAGUCACUGAAAGAAUUGUACAUCAAAGAAUGCCCACUGAUAACAGAGAGUUGCCAGGGAGAAGAUUGGCAUAAAAUUGCUCAUGUACCAACCAUAGAGAUUGAAGAUGAUGAUAGUGCAAUGAAUGACUGGAGCAUAAAAAGAAGAUUAUCCUGAAAGCAUCAUGAAAACACAACUGAGGGGGUGGUGAAUUUUUCACCUAUGAUAUGAAGAGAGAAAGCAAAGGUGAUCUAAUCGUGAUCAUCCCUGGGGUGCCAGCCACUAGCGCCAAACAACUUCAUCACUCGGAGGAAGCCAAUAGAGAUCAGGGGUCUCAUCUACGAAUCAGCAAGCCGCGAAUCAACCCGAGAACUCACCGUCUCCAAAAAGAAAGCCGCGUUCCAGAUUGGCCGCACUCCUUCCUCUCCCAUCCUCCAGGGGCUCCAAUUUGUGGGGGCUGCGAGCGGCCGGAGGCGCACGCCGAAGCGGCUGCGGGCCGGAGGUGUUGGCUGGGCAUCGCCGCACGCCCGCCCCGGGGAAAGCUGGUUUAUGUUGCUUGCCUUGCUGGUGCGCCGCCGCCGGUGAGCCCCGGUGGGGCGUGGCGUGGCGUGGCGGCAUGCGAAGAGUAUUAAUCCGGCCCAGCGAACGGUAAAUAAGACGUGUGGGCGUGUGGCCCAUCAAGCGAGACAGCAUGGGCUGGGCUAGUGGAUGGUGGCCUCCUUGCCGAUUUAAAGGGAUGAAGGUCACCAAUGCCAAAAGAAGGUCUCGCGUAGUCGUGUUUGACUGUUUGCAUUGCGUUGUUUGGAGUAGGCAAAAUGGAUGUUUGGAUCUGUCAACGAGGGUAAGUUCGUACUUUAAUUUUAAAAUCAGCCAAUCCAAUUUCUUAUUUUUUUUAAAA